CCGCUAUAUAUUGAGGGGCAAAAUCACGAGAUCCAGUCACCGUCGGACUCACGAUGAAGAUAUUUGUUGUAGCCGUGGUAGGAAGCUUGUAGGCGGCAGCUGGGCACCAUUUCUGCUAUUCAAGUAAACUUUGUAUUCGUUUCCAUCCUUUUCCUUUUAAUUUCUAUAACCUGCUUUGUUUCAUCAGAUCUGUUUGCUAGCUGGAUAAAUCGGGUCAAAUUUCAUGGGAAAAGUUUGCGGCGCUGAGUAGUACUAUUUUUAUGUCUGAUAUCUGGUUUUUUCCCCUGUUCUUCAACGUUGCUCAACGGAGGAAGCAAGCAUGAUCUUUCGAUUCUUCAAAACUUGAGAGUUUCCUUUUUUACUGUAAUUCACAGAUACAAUCGCUCUUUAAUAGGGGGACUUGGAAGUCUUCUUGAUUGUGUUUUAAGUGCAAUGAGGUCGAUUUUCUGUGGGAACUUUGAGUAUGAUGCUCGCCAAUCUGACCUGGAGAGGCUGUUUCAAAGAUAUGGGAGGGUUGAUCGGGUGGACAUGAAGUCUGGAUUUCGGUGCAAUGCCCAUACAAUCCUGGUUGAUGGAUGGAUUCUUCUGCAUUCCCUUUUCUUCUUGUUUUCAAGAAGAGCCCUCUGAUCCACCAUGGCAUCGCCAUCACUUCUUUUCCUGAGUCAUUAUUGCCUUCCAUCCCUCAUGACUUUUGCCCAGCCUUCAUCUUCAGACAUUACAAUUAGUCAACCUCGAAGCUGAGGCAGCAGAAUAAAAUGGAGAAGAUACUCUUUACAUUUUCCAUGACACAUCCAUCGUUAAAGUGGUUGUUCCUUGACAUCACUUAGUUCAUCAUUCAAGGAUUUGCUUUUGUUUACAUGGUUGAUGAGAGAGAUGCAGAGGAUGCAAUCCGUGGACUUGAUCGUAUUGAAUUUGGAAGGAAGGGUCGGAGGCUUCGUGUUGAGUGGACAAAGCAAGAACGUAGCAGGAAGCCUGAGAGUUCCAAGGCCUCUUCUGGUUUAAGACCUUCAAAGACUCUAUUUGUCAUUAAUUUUGAUCCAUACCAUACAAGAACAAGGGAUUUGGAGAGGCACUUUGAUCCCUAUGGUAAAAUACUGAAUGUUAGGAUCAGGCGGAAUUUUGCAUUUGUUCAGUAUGAAUCACAAGAGGAUGCGACUAAAGCAUUGGAUGCUACAAAUUUGAGCAAACUUUUGGAUCGAGUUAUAACAGUGGAGUAUGCAGUGAAGGACGAUGAUGAUCGGAGAAGCGGCUAUAGUCCUGAUAGAAGUCAUGGUAGGUCUCCCAAAAGAAGCCAUGAUGGGGGCCGAUCUCCUAGCCCAUAUGGAAGAGAGAGAGCGAGCCCUGAUUAUGGCCGUGGUCAUGGCCGAAGCCCAUAUCGAAGAGAACGUGUGAGUCCUAAUUAUGGUCAAGGACCUUGCCCAGUUCGUAGUGGAAGGGAAAGGAACUCUGAGCAUGGAAGUGGCCGUCAGCCAAGUCCUAGAAAGGAGAGGAACUCCGAUCACAGCCAUGGACAUAGCCCAAGCCCCCGAAGAGAGAGGCUAAGUUCUGAGAAUGGCCAUAAUAAUAGCCCAAGGGAGCGAAGACGUCCUAAGAAAGAGCAUGAUAUAAGCCCAAAUCCUCAAAGAGAGAAAAGGGAGAGGAUGAGCCCUGAUGAUUAUCGGAAUGGCAGAAGCCCUAGUUCAAAUCCUGAACUUACAGAUAGCCCUGGCAAUGGCGGAGCUGAGAGCCCUUUGCCUCAACGUCAGAGGAGCCGUUCCCCGCCAGCACGAGAGAGAUCUCAAUCUUAAAUCUGGUUUGUCAUGGCAAGAGGUUGGUCUUGCAUCUAAUGGUAUCCCUUUAAUGGGGUUGAUACGCAAACAAAACUGCUUGUAACGCAUAUGGUCUUGAUUCUGUUUGUUUUCUGGAGUUAUUCUCUUAUUGUUGGUCUUGAAGCACUUAUUCUGCUCGUGGAAUCUGUUAGCUCUCACAAUGCAAUAGUUACACCGUGGUAGAUACUCUCAGUUGUGUAGAUGCCAUUUCGGUGGAUAUCUCCUGUAGUUCGUAGGCCAUAUUGUGCGAGGAUGUUGCUUGAAAGGUGUUUGGUAAAAUUCCAAAUUGUUUAUGGAAUUGCGUGCGCAUGUCCACAAAGCCAGAAAACUAAAAGGAGAAAGGGAACAGAGAGAAAUUAUAAUGGUUACUUUUUCAAA